AUGCAGCUGUUUGCUUCUAUGCUGCUUUUAGCAGCCACAGCCCAGGCUCACUACCGGUUCUCGAAGCUUGUUAUCGGUGGACAGCAAGAGGCCAAAGAAUGGACCUCGAUCCGACAAACUAAGAACUACCAAGGGAACCAAGGUGUCACCGACGUCAACAGUGCGGACAUGCGCUGCUUUCAGAAUAGGCCAGGAACAGGAACAGCAACUGUGGCUGCCGGAGAUACUCUCGGUUUCGUCGCAUUGUCGCAAAUCUCGCACUUUGGACCUGUUCAGUUCUACAUGGCCAAGGUUCCAGAGAGCGCAGACAUUAAUACGUGGGAGGCUGCUGGUAAUGUUUGGUUUAAGGUCGCGAAGAUUGAUGCUCGACCUGGUGCUGGCGGUGCUCUUACAUCAGGCGAAGACACAUGGCCAGCGUAUAAGAAGACGUCCGUUGAUUUCGUAAUCCCCAAGAAUGUACCCAGCGGAAAGUACCUUGUCCGGGUUGAAAGCAUUGCGCUUCACCAAGCUUCCAAUCCUGGAGGUGCACAAAUCUAUCUCUCCUGCGCUCAAGUCCAAGUUACGGGUGGAGGUAGCGGCUCUCCAGGACCUUUGGUGGCUUUCCCGGGCGCGUACAAGUCCAGUGAUCCGGGUUUGAUCUGGUCAUACUAUCCUGUGAAGACCAGCUACACUGCUCCUGGUCCUGCUGUCUGGCAGGGCUAAUGCAUAGGUCAGC